GUGUGGGUCACGUGGUUGGAUUUACAGGUGGUUGGAUUUACAGGUGGUUGGAUUUACAGGUGGUUCCCAGGGCGGAAACUACAGGCAUAAUAUGUCCUGUAAGAAACAAGCUUAGUUGAGUGUGUGUUUGUGUGUGUGUGUGUGUGUGUGUGUGUAGAGCAGAAUGGAAUCAUUUAAGGCCUGAAAGACACCUCUUCAUUAGUGACACUCUUCAUUUAUGGUCACACCGGUGUUGUAAACAUACGAGGACAUACUUGCCUAACAUUUCCUAUCAAGCAGAAGCAGAAGUCAAUUUUAGAACGCUCACUGCACUUCAGCUUAGCCAGUCAUAUACAGCCUUGGAUACCUCCGGAGGAGCACGGAAGAGAAAGAGAGAGAGAGCAGGCCAGAUGAACAUGAGUUUAACAAGUUGAGCGUCUGCCUUGGAUGAAUGACCUGGGAGAUUUGAAGCGGAGGAGAGACUGAGUCCAGCUUGUCUCGGGGGUACGCAGCCUGGGGGAGGAAGUAGAUGGGUAAAAGAACAAGCCUAUCAGACGGCAAGAAGGAGGGCUUUCACCCUCCGCACAAACAGAUCAGCAAGUCAGCCAACAGCAGCCCUGCUCACCGCCUCCACCACCCUCUUCAGCACCGGCAGAACCAGCCCAAGGCCCAGGAGCAGCCGGCACCGGACCCAGGCCCGGGCACGCCAAGCAAUGCCGACAAGCCAGCCGCUAACGGGGUGGUAGCCCGGAUGGAGGCGGGAGAGGACGGGGAGGCUGGUGGAGCGAAGAGGCUGACCGAGGCCGUCCUGGUGAAUGGAGACAUGAGGGAGGGGGUUACGGAGACGGGAGGAGACGCCCCCCUCACGCACACAGACAGGACGGGUCCAGACCCCCCCUCUGGGGAGGGGGAAGGGGAGCCCGUGGAGAGAACGCCACCUGAGCAGGCUGUGGACGAGGGGAAGCCGGAACAAAAGGAGACUAACGAACAGAAGCUGUACAAGAUUGCCAGCGAGCUGCUGCAGACUGAGAAGGCUUAUGUGACCAGACUCAACCUGCUGGACCAGGUGUUCUGCGCCAGGCUGACGGAGGAGGCUAAGAAAGGCACGUUUCCGGAGGACGUGGUGAAGAACAUCUUCUCCAACAUCAGCUCCAUCAACGAGUUCCACAGCCACUUCCUGCUGCCUGACCUGGAGAAGCGCAUGGGCGAGUGGUCGUCCACGCCUCGUAUCGGGGACAUCCUGCUGAAGCGCGCUCCCUUCCUGAAGAUGUACGCAGAGUACGUGAGGAACUUUGAGAAGGCCAUGGAGCUGCUGAAGCAGUGGACAGAGCGAUCGCCUCCCUUCAAGGCCAUCAUACUUGAAAUCCAGGGCCAGGAGGUUUGCGGCAGCCUCACUCUGCAGCACCACAUGCUGGAGCCGGUGCAGAGGGUUCCCCGCUACGAGAUGCUGCUGAAGGACUACCUGAGGAAGCUGCCUCAGGACGACCACGACCGCAGAGACGUGGAGAAAUCACUGGAGAUCAUUUCCAUGGCAGCAACUCACUCCAACAGUGCCAUUCGUAAAUCGGAGAACCUAAAGAAGCUUCUGGAGAUCUAUGAGAUGCUGGGGGAGGAGGAGGACAUAGUCCACCCCUCCAACGAGUUCAUCAAGCAGGGACACGUCCUGAAGCUGUCAGCCAAGAACACCUCCGCCAUGGAGAGGUACCUAUUCCUGUUCAACAACAGCCUGCUGUACUGCGUGCCCAAGUUCAGCCUGGGGGGAACCCGCUACACGGUCCGGACACGCAUCGGCCUGGAGGGCAUGAAGGUGUUGGAAACCACCAACGAAGACUACCCACACACCUUCCAGGUGUCCGGCAAGGAGAGGACUCUGGAGAUGCAGGCCAGCUCAGAGCAAGACAAGGCAAGCUGGAUCAAGGCGUUCCAAGAGACCAUAGAUAUCUUCCAGCUGAAGAACGAGUCAUUUAAGAUGGCCGCUAAAGAGGUGGAGGAGGUGUCGACGGCAGAGCUGGGGAAGCGAGCCCCUCGCUGGAUCCGGGAUAACGAGGUCACCAUGUGUCAGAAGUGUAAGGAGUCCUUCAACGCUCUGACGCGACGGAGACACCACUGCCGAGCGUGUGGAUGCGUGGUGUGCUGGAAGUGCUCCGAUUACAAGGUGGCUCUGGAGUACGAUGGGAACAAGAUAAACAAGGUGUGCAAGGACUGCUACCCCAUCCUGACAGGAAACUCUGAGAACAACGAGGAGAGGGCUGAGAUCAAGAAGAAGGGCAUUUUAGAGAUCGAGGCGGCCCAGUUCUCAGGAAGCAGCAUCAUGUGUGGGUUCCUGCAGUACUGUGAGAAGAACAAGCCCUGGCAGAAGGUCUGGUGUGUGAUCCCUCAGAAGGAGGCUCUGGUGCUGUACCUCUACGGAGCCCCGCAGGAUGUGAAGGCCCAGUCCACCAUCCCUCUGCUGGGCUACCUCGUGGACGACAGCGCCCGGCCGGCAGACCCGCCCUCCAGCUUCCGUCUCUCCCAGUCCAAGUCCCUCCACAGCUUCGCCGCCGAGAGCGACGACCUCAAACAGCGCUGGCUCAAGGUCAUCCGUCUGGCCGUGACAGGGGAGGUGGCCCCGGCCCCCAGUGAUCCCCCGGGCCUCCCGGGGUCCCAGGAUAGCAGCCAGGAGCUGGGCUCUGACAGCAACUGAGGGGGGCGGGGGGUCCAGGGUGUCGCAGGAGACGGUGGAUAUCUCCCACUUGCGUUUGUGUGCGUCGUUUUUUGCACACGCAAGCUCACACUGUGCACGGUUCCAACUGAGGAAUUUGUACACAUACACACACACAUACACACUCACACAUACUCACACAUACACACGCUGACGUUAAGACAAUGUGGAAAAUCAUUGCUGGAUAAGCUUUUUUUCAUUGCCAAUCUCCGCCUCCUUUUCUCCCCCCUUGACUGGAUUUUCUACCAAUCAAAAGCAAGGGCUGUCCUUCACCUGGAAUGUAUGACAGAAUGACAGGUUUUUGGUCCAAUCGACGCCAGAGCAGAGCAGGGGCGGGGCUUCAGCACUGCCUCGUCUGUCCAAGGAGAAUCAGUCGGGAGCAUUGAGGAAGUGUCCUGUACACAGCCGGACACAGCACAGAGCUGGACACAGCCGGACACAGCACAGAGCUGUACACAGCCGGACACAGCACAGAGCUGGACACAGCUGGACACAGCACAGAGCUGGACACAGCUGGACACAGCACAGAGCUGGACACAGCCGGACACAGCACAGAGCUGGACACAGCCGGACACAGCACACAACAAGAACACUGACCUACAGAGGACUGUCUGCCCUCGUCACAAGGGCAUCAGGGACAUAGCCGUCCUGGACUAGUCUACAGCUGGCUACUAGCUGGCUACACCCUCUCCUUGUUCCGUGUACCUGCUGUGUAUAGUCUUAAUCCUGGGUAUUUUCUCCUAAAAGGCACAAAAUGAAUUUAUAAUGUACAGAGAUUCAACGACAGGUUUUAAUAUCACAGAACGAGACAACCUGUGUUUCCCGAAUUCGUCGUCUCAUGAGCAAAAUAGCUCCCUUAUGUUCCUGUGGUCAGAUCAAGGGUGUUAUACAAACGAAAGUGACUGGUUCUCAGUUAACCAUUACUGUCAUUCAGAGCCAUACACAACGAACAAACUCUGUCAAACUCAUUCAGCUGUGGGCAGCAUAGAGUAACAAUGAAAAGCUCCUUUGCAGACGUCUAAUAUAUUCAGAUAUUCUGAAAUGGUCUAUCUAUAUCCCCUCCCAUCCCCCUCCCAACCAACAGCACAAUCAGAGAUGACACACAACCAC